CCACCAAGGUCAUACUUCGUACGUUCAUUCAAUACUUUUUCUGAUGAUUGCGUGCCCAGUGAUGCAUACUACGGUAGGCGGUACUGUCAGCUGCUGCCAACUCAAAGAAAGUGAUAAAAAGGUGGUGUCGUCCUGAGCUUCAGAUAUGUCAAGAGAGGAAGAUAUCAUAACAAUUCGGCAGGGAAACUCUUCGGUUUCCAUUCAUCACCAUGGAGCAACUGUUACUUCAUGGAAAUGUGAUGGAUUAGAAAUGCUUUUUGUAAGCAAAGAUGCAAUCUUUAACAACAAGAAAGCUAUUAGAGGAGGAAUCCCAGUGGUCUUUCCUAAUUUUGGUCCAUGGGAACUUGGCCCUCAACAUGGAUUUGCACGAAUAACAAGGUGGACCUUGAAAGAAUCAGUAUCGAAUGAAAGCUGUGGAGAAGCUAAAGCUGUUUUUACCCUAACUGAUACUGAAGAAACUCGUAAAAUUUGGAAUUACAACUUUUGUGUCACCUACACAAUUUUGUUAAGAAACAAAGAAUUUGAGACAAGACUACAAGUUGAAAAUUCAGGGUCUGAUGAGUUUGAGUUUACAACUCUUUUACACACUUACUUCUCUGUACCUGAUAUCAACAAAACAACAAUAUCUGGCCUCCAAGGACUCCAAUUCAUUGACAAGUGGUUUGGAACCCUUGGAUUGACAAAGCCAAGGGGAUGUCUGACUUUGGAGAUGAAGAGUACCUGAAUAUGCUUUGUGUUGAGCCAGGCCAUGUCUCUUCACCUUUGACCCUGACUUCUGGUGCUGUUUUUGAGGGCAAACAGCUUUUAUCAAUCAUUGAUUCAAAUCUUUGAUUUGUUGGCAUGUAGGCCUACGAAACGAGGCGUAGCAAUUCUACCGGGUAGAUCAAAUCAUUCCAUAUGAUACAUACACAUAUAAUGUACAUACAUAGUUUCCUUUUACUUGUGCUUGUAAUCUUUUGUCACUCAAUAACAUGUUUCAUAUACCUGAAAGGAUCAAAUAAAGUGUAUAUUUAAUAAAAA